AUCCCGGGAUUUACACAUUUCUCGCAACACUUGCUGUCGCACUCACAGUUGGUGCGCUUCUGCUGCCGAAAAUCCACGUCCUUCCUUUGGAGUCGGAGUGGAUGUGCGACAUUAGAAAGUCCCUCCGAUAGUUGACACGGAUCAUGAGGGUUUAAAACGCACCGCUGAACAGCUCUGUCUGUCUUGGGGAAAACCAUGGGAUCUCAGCGACUAUGGAGCGUGUUGUGUGUGAUGGCGGUGUGCUAUCAGACGGGGAUGUCAAGCAGAUACGGCUGUCUGUUUGAGAAGAAGCUCUGCCCCAGAGACCAGCCAUGCUCAGAUGAUGGGCUGUUUGGCCAAUGUCUGCUCCCCCAGCAGGAGAUGGUUCUGUAUGAGGUGUCAGUGCCUGUGCUGCACAGACUACAGGAGGUGCUCAAGGAACUGAUGAUGCAAGGAUUGUCCUGGCAGGAUGACAUCACCCAGUACGUCAUUCGCAAGGAGCUGAGCCGUGUUUCACUGACCCGCCCCCUGUCUGGACGUCAUGACAACCCCUCGUCUCAGUCCUCAGAACCUGUGCAGAAUGCCCAUCCUUCCAAGAUGCAGUAUCCUCCCAGCUCCAGGACCAAGGCUCAAGGGGACGAUCCCAACCCAGACCUGAUGCAGAGUUACCUGGACUACAUGAUCGUGGAUCCCCCCAAGGCCUCCCAGUCCCUCCACAUGAAAACUCUGGACCCUUACACCUACCGCCAGCAGUAUGGUUACCAAGACGAUGAGGAGCGCUCUCUUAACUCUCUGGAGGGUGGUGGUUUCCCCCGCCCUUCUACUCACGCCGGGGGUAAAGAGUCCCGCCCCCAGGACCGAGACCGCCAGGUGCUCCAGGACCUGGUCUCCCUGUACCUCUCCUCCCCCGCCCAGCCGGCCUCCCGCCACCGUGGGGCAGCAACACCGAUCUCUACCUCUCCCUUGUACCAGGACCUGGACUUCCCUCUGGACUACGCAGAGGACUACGUUUCCCAGCAGGACGUGGAGGUCCGCAAGCAGCAGCAGCUGGAUCAAACGCAGAGGAAAGCUCAGAAGGACUACGGAUCGCUAGCUGGAUUGGAUGAUGACUCCCUGCAGAAAGUGGCUCUGCUCCUGGACCACUAUGGCAUCGAUAUGAAGGACUUAACCCCUUCACAGCUGGCCAACCUGCCUGCAGCACUGAAACAGCUGCAGAUGGAGAGUGCUACUGACUUGGGCACCGAUACAGCAGACAAAUACCGGAACAGUGCUGCCCCACGUAAGAAGAUUACUGAGGGGGCCAUGACACACAAGGUGGACAAAUCUCCUGUGCUAGGUGCCCCCACCUCCCUUCCUGCCCCGCCCCCUGGGCCCCAGGCCUCCCCAGAUCACCCUCCCACCAUGGGGGCCCCUCCUGCCACAGAGGGAGCCAGUGUAAAGGAGCCAGGGGCCCCGGUGGAGACAAAGACGCAGGGGAAGAAAGAACCACCAGGAGGGACCACACAUGUGAAGGAGGAAUACGGCUACAUCGUCACCAACCAAAGCCCCCUCAGUCUGUACGACGGGGUGCGUCUGCUGGGGCUCCUGGCUGAGAGGAUCCCACUCUCCACUGGCUCUUUCAUCAACAUCAGGUAGGCUAUAGGCAUAGAGGCCCACUGGCCGACUGGUCCAAUGAGGAGAGAUGACAAUUAGCUAG